AGGAUACGCUAGCAUGGACCCCGUGCGUUAUCCGACCGACCAGUAGCCCGAGAUGGAAGGAGCCGCAUGAAUGGGUCGAGGACACGCUUAGCCUCUGUGGCGGUGACGUGAAGCCAGCCCCUUUCCUGCCGUCCCUGAAGGUGCCCAACCACGCCCGCCACGCCCGCACAAUGAGCCAUCCUCCUGCUUAUUCCCAGGUUCCUCUCGAGCCGCCGGAGUACAGCCAGGCGCCCUCCGCCCCGCCCGCGGACGACGGCUUCCAGCCCGGGCCGCCCAAGUACCCCGGGGAGAGUUUCUCGCAGAAAGCUCCCCUGAAUCCCUCGGGGGAAGUGGGCAACCCGCCCCCUGAGCCGCCGCCGGCCUUCUACAACCCCCCUCCCUACUCCCCGCCUUCUGGAGGGGCGUUCGGCCAGCCGCCCGCGAACCCGGCGCCGCCCUACAGCCAGCCGUACCCAGCGGCGACGCCUGCGCCAGCCUACAGCCAGUUCCCGCCUCCCCAGCAGGUGGCGACGUACGGCCAACAGCAGCACCCUGUGGCGCCCCCCACGUUCGCCCCGCCCGCCGCCCCCGUGCAGGUGGUGGUGGCGCAGACGCUGCCGCCGGGGAUCUGCACCGUCUGCAGGAAAGGGAAGAUGGAGGAGAGUCCCACUUGCUGCACGUGCUUCUGGUGCUUGCUCUGCCUUCCGUGCUUCAUCCUGCCGAGCCUCCUGAUCUACCUGUGCUGCUGCCGCGAACCCAAGUGCACCAACUGCGGCUACAGCCCCUAGCGAGUCCCGCCGCCAUCUGCUCAUUUCGUCUGACGAGAAAACUGUGAUUCCUCCCAUUCCAAGCUGGUUCCUCCCAUUCCAAGCUGGUUCCUCCCAUUCCAGGCUGGUUCCUCCCAUUCCAAGUUGACAAAGAGACGUCCUGUCCUUGAUAUUUGUUCCGAUACUAAACCUUGGCGUACUGGCUGACCCAAAAAAACCUCACCAUUUGGUAUAAGAACUUCUAAUUCCACGUCUUCCUUCGAUUAAAAACAAUAAUAUUCGCA